AUGCCUUCCUCCCCCCAAACCUCCAAGCCUCUGCUGUUCCGUCUUCCGCUCGAGGUCAGGCUCAUGAUCUAUCGCCACGCUUGGAAGGUUGAUCCCAAGCCUCACACAAAAAGGGGCACUCGUCAACUGACGACUUCCUACCUGAAGCAACAGCUUACAGCAAUUGGGAGGUUGGGCGCCAUCUGCCAGCAAAUGCGGACCGAAGCCUUUGAUGAAUAUUUCCACCAUGCUCAAGCUUUUCUACGGUGGGACUACGACGGUAGUGGUUCCAAAACGCGACAUAAUCAUUCUUACAAAGAACUCAUCUUAAGCUCUCCCACACUCCUGGCUCACCUGAGACAUGUGAGCUUCCACUGGGCUGAUAAAGAAGUCCACAAAGGGGAAUAUGUUUCACCCAUGGAAGCAUUAUACUGGCUACAAUGUCUUAAGCAGCUCAAAACGCUUGAACUCGUUAUUCCAAGGGGAUAUGUGCGGGGCGAUUACUUCGGCGACAGCUACAGACAGAAGCAGGUGCUAUUGAGCUUGUCAAAUUUACGCGGACUAGAGAAGGCGACCAUAAAGUUUGAAGACUAUCCCUACCACUUUGACAACCCAGAAUAUCUACUCUCCAGAUUGAGCGAGCGCUGUCUGGUUCGAAAGUUCAUGAAGGAAUUUGAGAGUCUGGUGACACUGCCCAAGCUUCUUGAGGGUGCCGAACCUCCCUGCCAGGCCAUCAAGGAACACUUGGGGUGUCUCAACCCUCGUUGGUUGUGGAACAGAUCCGACAGAAUCUAG